AUGAUAGAGAGGAUAGGCAUAGGCGCAGGUCUCGGUCUAGAUCUCAAUCCCCAUCAGCGGGUAAAUCUGAACAUAGAUCAAGGUCGCGUUCUCGUUCACGCUCAAAGAGGCCAGAUCACUGGUGCAAAUCCCACAAUUCCUGGAAUGUUUCCAAAUAUGUUUCCAUUGGCUACUAGCCAGUUGCAGCCGUUUAGUGCUCUCCCAGUCAUGCCAGUUCAGGCCAUGACACAGCAGGCUACACGACAUGCUAGGCGGGUGUAUGUUGGAGGCCUUCCUCCUACUGCUAAUGAGCAGUCAGUUGCAACUUUCUUCAGUCAAGUUAUGGCUAAGAUUGGGGGAAAUACUGCUGGCCCAGGUGAUGCUGUGGUCAAUGUUUACAUUAACCAUGACAAGAAGUUUGCUUUUGUGGAGAUGAGGUCGGUUGAGGAAGCUAGCAAUGCAAUGGCUUUAGAUGGGAUUAUUUUCGAGGGGGCACCUGUUAAGGUUAGGAGACCGACUGAUUAUAAUCCUUCCUUAGCUGCUACCCUAGGUCCAAGCCAGCCUAACCCAAACCUUAAUCUGGCUGCUGUUGGCUUAACACCUGGGUCUGCUGGUGGACUCGAUGGUCCAGAUCGGAUUUUUGUUGGUGGACUUCCUUACUACUUCACAGAAACACAGAUCAGAGAGCUUUUAGAGACUUUUGGUCCUCUAAGAGGUUUUGAUCUAGUGAAAGAUAGAGAAACGGGUAACUCAAAGGGAUAUGCAUUUUGUGUCUACCAGGAUCUUGCAGUUACUGAUAUUGCAUGUGCUGCUCUAAAUGGAAUAAAAAUGGGAGAUAAGACUCUCACGGUUAGACGAGCUAAUCAAGGUGCAAAUCCACAGCAGCCUAAACCUGAACAAGAGAGCAUUUUAAUGCAUGCACAGCAGCAGAUUGCACUACAGAAACUUAUGUUGCAGCCAGCCUUAGUGGCAACAAAGGUGGUAUGCUUAACUCAUGCAGUUUCUGCUGACGAGCUCAAAGACGAUGAAGACUAUGAAGAGAUUCUUGAAGAUAUGAGACAGGAGUGUUCCAAAUUUGGUUCUUUGGUGAAUGUGGUGAUCCCGCGUCCACCACCUGACGGUGAACCUGCCCCUGGAGUUGGAAAGGUGUUUUUGGAGUAUGUUGACGUGGAUGGUGCUACAAAAGCUCGUGCUGGAUUGAAUGGACGGAAAUUUGAUGGGAACCAAGUAGUAGCUGUUUUCUAUCCAGAAAACAAAUUUGCUCAGGGAGAUUAUGAAGGCUAA